AAAAAAGAAAAGAAAAGGAGAGCGAUCAGGGAGGGAGAGAAGGAGGAAGAGAAGGAAAUCGAUUAUUUCGCCUGCAACUGGAGUGAGUGUUCAGCAAGGGAAGACUCGGUCAGGAGGACAUUGUGUCAGUUGGGGUGAAAAACUAGGAAAUAUAGGAAAAUAGCUUCUAGACAUAAACGCCAGCCACAAGCCCCAGACCGUCCAGCGAAGUGAAGGAAGAACAAACAGCGUCAGCGCCAACUGCUGCUCCGGCUCGGCUGCUCCCACCGCCGGCUCCUUCUGCGCACAGUGGCACCACGCAGAGAGAGAGAAAGAGAGAGCGAGAGCGAGGGAGAGAGAGAGAGAGAGAGAGAGAGAGAGAGAGAGAGAGAGAAGUUUUCUCUGACAGUAUAGAGACUCCCACCUCGUACUGUACGUUACUCUUUUUUUCCCCUCUGCGAAGUUGCGCUCCUGGAUUUUAAGAGAGUCUUGGCCAAGUCCGUCAGCAUCACGCAGCGGUCGCAGCCUUCCUGUCACACGCAGCCGGACCCAACUGAAGAAAGAACCGGCGGAUCGCUGUUCGUCUUUCCCCUUCUACAGUUCACUCCAGCCUGGGACGCGAUAUCAAGCGAGUAAAACAAAGUACAGAUGCUGGAAUCUUUGAGCUGAUUGAAACAAAUAGAAAGCAAAGAAAAGACAGUUAAAGGACGACCAGAAGAGUGAAGAGAAAGGUGACGAAAGGGAGAGGAAGAGAAAGGAGAGAGAAGAAAGCACAAAGUUUCUUUAGACAAAAGGAGAGAAAGAAAGAGACGGGGACGAUGGGGAGGAAAAAGAUUCAGAUCACGCGGAUUAUGGAUGAACGCAACAGACAGGUGACAUUCACAAAGCGAAAGUUCGGCCUGAUGAAGAAGGCGUACGAGCUGAGUGUGCUGUGUGACUGUGAGAUUGCCCUGAUCAUCUUCAAUAGCACCAACAAACUGUUCCAGUACGCCAGCACAGAUAUGGACAAGGCCCUGCUGAAAUACACCGAGUACAAUGAGCCCCAUGAGAGCAGGACCAACUCCGAUAUUGUGGAGACAUUGAGAAAGAAGGGCCUAAAUGGCUGUGACAGCCCAGACCCCGACGCAGAUGACUCGGCAUUGAGCAAGAAGGAGAACAAAGGCGGCGAGAGCCCGGAGCUCGAGUCUGCUCUCAUCCUUACUCCACGCACUGAGGAGAAAUACAAACAGAUUAACGAGGAGUUUGAUCACAUGAUAAAAACCCAUAAGAUACCUGCUGUGCCCCCAUCAAACUAUGACAUGCCCGUGUCCAUUCCUGUUAGCAACCAGAACAAUCUCAUUUACAGCCAUCCUGGUGGUUCCCUGGGCAAUCAUAACCUGCUGCCACUGGCACACCAUGGUCUACAGAGAAACAACAUGUCUCCUGGAGUGACACACAGACCUCCAAGUGCAGGUAACACAGGUGGCCUCAUGGGUGCUGACCUCACAACUGGCGCAGGCACAAGUGCCGGAAAUGGAUAUGGAAACCAUCGCAACUCCCCUGGUCUGCUGGUCUCUCCAGGUGGCAUGAACAAGAACAUGCAGGCAAAGUCUCCACCACCGGUCAACCUCGGCAUGAACAAUCGCAAACCCGACCUACGUGUGCUCAUCCCUCCUGGCGCUAAAAACAACAUGCCCUCUAUUAACCAGAGAAUAAACAACUCUCAGUCAGCUCAGUCACUGGCCACCCCUGUGGUAUCAGUAGCAACUCCCACUCUACCAGGACAAGGCCUGGGUGGUUACCCAUCUGCCAUCUCUACAUCUUAUGGUACCGAGUAUUCCCUGAAUAGUGCAGACCUGUCCUCCCUGUCAGGCUUCAACAGUGGCAGCUCCCUUCACCUCGGCUCCAUGAGUGGGUGGCAACAGCAACACCUUCAGAACAUGCAGCACUCAGCUUUGGGCCAGCUCGGAAAUUGCUCUAGCUCUCACUUAUGUCAGGGUUCAAAUCUGUCCCUGCCUUCUGCUCAAAGCCUGCACAUCAAGUCCGAACCUGUUUCUCCUCCUAGAGAUCGCACCAGCAGCACAUCGGGGGGUUACGGUGGCGGAGUACCACCACCCCAGAGCGCCUCCUCCCGCCAGGACUCGGGCCGCUCUCCUGUUGACAGCCUGAGCAGCUGCAGCAGCUCCCACGAGGGCAGCGACCGCGACGAGCACAGGAAUGAGUUCCACUCACCGCUGGGACUGGCGCGGCCUGCACUGGAUGAGCGUGAGAGCCCCUCCAUCAAACGGGUGCGUCUGUCGGAAGGAUGGGCAACAUGAUAGCUCUGUCCACACACCUGGCAGAGCCCUGAGUCGCCCUGAGCCCCCGACAGCGCCUCGG